UGCUACCGAACGGGCGUGUGGCGCGGAGAAAGAAAAGAAAUCCGAAAUCAAACCAAACCAAACCCCAAAAGCAAACAAAGUCAACGUGUCCGACUCAAGUCAAUAUUUGCAUAGUGUACUCAUUAUCUAGGUUAAAGUACACGAAAUGUCGAGAAAGUCCUGCCCCAUUAUGAAGCGAUUUUCGGUGCUGCUACUACUCCUGGUGCCGCACUUGAUGGCCCAAACGGAGAGUGCGCUAAGCUACGAGCAGGCGCGCCAGGCGGUGCUCACGGCAGAGGAGGAGCUGAUGACGGGCGGCCAUACGUAUCUCAACACCGAGGAGGCCAAGGCGGACGACAUUUUCAUGCAGUACAAGCUGGGUGAGCUGGCGCAGGGCUUCCGCAAUGCCGAGCAAAAUGCCGCGGCCAUGCACUUCUUCAAGGCCAAGCAGCUGAUUGACCGGAGCGGAGUCUUCCGCUUCCUGCAGAAGAUGCCCAAGGGAGCUGUGCUCCACCUGCAUAACUCUGCCUCGGUGAGCUCCAAGUGGGUGGUGAAAAACAUGUCAUACAUGCCCGGUAUGCUCCGCUGCACCACUGAUAAGGGUCGGAGUGUCCUAACGUUCCGACGAGCUCCCAAGGAGCACGAGUGCCAGUCGCAGUAUGUGCGUGUCUCCGAUGAGAGGCGGAGUUCCAUUGAUCCACUGGUCUAUGAUCAGAAUUUUGAGCGUCUCAUCAAUCUGUACACACCGGUUCCGGAGCUGGAGUACCCUACGAUCACCAAAGUGUGGGAUCGCUUUCAAGACAUGUUUGACACUUUCGGGGACGCCAUUAGAUACUUGCCAGCCUUUCGAGCCUAUCACUGGCAGAUGCUCGAGGAGCUCUACAACGACAAUGUCAUGUACGCGGAGAUUCGUAGCAGCUUCAAACCGCAGCUGUACGACGCCAGUGGACGGACCUUUUCGCGGGAGCGAACUAUACAGGAGUUCUAUGCUCUAAACGAGAAAUUCGUACGCCUGCAUCCAGACUUCCUGGGCAUCAAACUCAUCUAUGCCGUCUAUCGCGGACAUGAUGUCGAUAAAAUAAGUGAAAGUUUUGAGGAGUUCCGGCAAUUGCACAAAGCUUUUCCCAAUUUUGUGGUUGGCUUCGAUCUGGUGGGACAGGAGGACAACGGCAAGCCGUUGUAUGCUCUAUUGCCUGCCUUGAGGGACUUGCCGCCCACAGCACACUUCUUCCUGCACGCGGGAGAGACCAAUUGGUUUGGGGCCUCAACGGACAUCAAUCUGCUCGAUGCACUACUUCUCAAUAGCACCCGAAUCGGCCAUGGUUAUGCGUUAGCCAAGCAUCCGAUCCUCCUCAACGCGGUCAAGACUCGCCAGAUAGCCGUGGAGGUGAGCCCCAUCUCGAAUCAGGUGCUGCACUUGGUAUGGGAUAUGCGCAACCAUCCGGGUGCCCAGUACAUGGCGCUGGACGUCCCGCUAGUGAUAUGCAACGAUGAUCCUGGUUUCUGGAAUGCCAAGGGAUUGAGCUACGACUUCUACUAUGCCAUCAUGAGCCUCGCUCCCAAUAAUGCUGGACUGCGAGUGCUCAAAAGUCUUGUGUGGAACUCGGUGCGAUACUCCCUGCUCACAGAGGAGGAACAAAAGCGAGCCUACCAAAUCUUAGAGCUGACAUGGUCGCGAUUUAUUGACAAAGUGCUGCAGGGCAGUGUCUUCUAAUUGCAGAUCUU